UUGACACUCCUUGGGAUAUGACUGUGCUUUUGUAGUACAAAGCUAACUUUAGCCAGACCGCUAGCUAGUUGUCAGAUUUUUAGGAUUAACUUCGCCAAAAAGAAAGUAUAUUGUUGUCCCAACGCGUUGUCUGGACAAAGUCGUGGGUUUUUCCCCGUUAGCCUUAAUUUUUUAAUUAUGGAAUUCGUUCAAUGUUUUCUGGUAAAGGAAGCUAACUUAACUUGCUAGAUGGCUAGCUAGCGUAUCAUCAACUUGUGUCACAAGUUAGUCUCCGUGUGUGUCUCGGCUACCUUUCACUAGUCAUCCGCGAAGGCGCCGGGGAGCCGCUAGACGACGAUACACCCGCCGAGUAGCGUAACAAAACGUGUUGUGCGAAACCGGAACAAAGUAACCCGAGUAACAUUUGCUAGCACGCCGAAGCUAGCCAGUUGGGAUUUGUAUGAUGAAAAGGGCGCAGUCGGACACAUUGGGGUUCGCUCCUCAAAAAGACAUCGUAUACAACAAACUUCUCCCGUACGCGGACCGGCUGGAUGACGAAUCCAAUGAUCUUUUGAGUAAAAUAAAAGGAAACCUGUGCCGAGCUGUUCAGCUCCGAGAGAUAUGGCCCGGCGUGCUGUUCUGGACGAGGAAACUUUCCACGUACAUGAGACUGUAUGGGCGGAAGUUCAGCAAAGAAGACCAUGUGCUUUUCAUCAAAUUGCUCUAUGAACUAGUGACCAUCCCCAAACUAGAGAUCAGCAUGAUGCAGGGCCUUGCACGGCUUCUUAUCAACCUCCUCAAGAAGAAGGAACUUCUGUCAAGGGAGGACCUUGAACUGAGCUGGAGACCGCUCUAUGAGCUCCAUGACCGGAUUCUUUUCUCCAAGACGGAGCAUCUGGGCCUCAACUGGUUUCCCAAUUCUCCACGGGCUCGUUCAUCCUCUAAACUCAUAAUGAUAAAAUUGGUUCAGAGGUGCUCUGUGGAAAGUGUCCUGAAAACACUCGUGAAAAGCUGCAGACCGUACUUUUCAGAGAGUGCUACUCAGGAGAUGCUGGAUGAAUGGAGACCACUCCUCUGCCCCUUCGAUGUCACCAUGCAAAGAGCAAUCAGCUACUUUGAGCUCUUUCUAACCACAAAUCUGCCUCCUGAGCUGCACGACAAGGGGUUCAAGUUGUGGUUUGACGAGUUGAUCACCUUAUGGUUGUCUGUGCAAAAUCUUCCAAGCUGGGAAAUGCAUCUGGUCAAUCUGUUUGCUCGCUUGGCCAAUGACAACAUUGGCUACAUUGAUUGGGACCCUUACAUCCCCAAGAUUUUCACAAGGAUUUUGAGGAGUUUGAAUCUUCCUGUCGGGACCAGUCAGAUGAUGGUGCCACGCUACGUCACUAACGCCUACGACAUAAGCCAUGUGGUGCUUUGGGUCUCGUCCCUUUUGGGAGGACCCAGCAAACAAGCUCAAGCACAGCUCAGUGGCCUUUUCAACAGCAUAACAUCCUUCUUCCACCCAUCAAACCAUGGCCGCUGGCUGAUGAAACUCAUGAAGCUGCUCCAGCGUCUCCCGUUCAGCGUGGUGCGGCGGCUGCACCGAGAGCGCUACAGGAAGCCCACGUGGCUGCCCCCGAUACCGGACAGUCACAAGCUCACAGAGGAGGACAUCACGGCCUUUGUGGAGAGCAUGAUGCAGCCGGUGCUGCUGGCCAUGUUCAGCAAGACGGGCAGUCUCGAUGCGGCCCAGGCCCUGCAAAACCUGGCUCUAAUGAGGCCCGAGUUGGUCAUCCCCCCCGUGCUGGAGAAAACUUACCCUGCCAUGGAGACUCUGACGGAGCCCCAUCAGCUGACAGCCACUCUGAGCUGCAUGAUUGGUGUGGCACGGAGCCUGGUGUCAGGUGGGCAGCGCUUUCCUGAGGGGCCCACUCACAUGCUGCCCCUCCUCAUGAGGGCAUUGCCGGGCGUUGACCCAAAUGACUUCAGCAAGUGCAUGAUCACCUUCCAAUUUAUUGCCACGUUUGUGACUCUUGUGCCUUUGGUGGACUGCUCGUCUGCCCUACAUGAAAGAACCGACUUGACGGAGGUGGAAAGAGAGAUGUGCUCAGCUUCAGCGGAGUUUGAGGACUUUGUGCUUCAGUUCAUGGACAGAUGCUUUGCCUUGAUCGACAGCAGCACCCUGGAACAAACCCGCGAGGAAACGGAAACGGAGAAAAUGACUCAUUUGGAAAGUCUGGUAGAACUUGGCCUGUCAUCCACCUUCAGCACCAUCCUCACACAGUGCUCCUUGGACAUCUUUAAGGUGGCUUUGGAAAAGGUGUUCAACUUCGCAACCACCAACAUCUUUGAGACCCGUGUAUCGGGCAGAAUGGUGGCUGACAUGUGCAGAGCUGCUUCCAAGUGUCACCCCGCAGAGUCGCUCAAGGUGUUUGUGCCCCACUGCUGCAAUAUCAUAAAUCAACUCGCUGUCAAUGAGGAAGUGUUGAAUGAGGAGGAGCUUGACAAGGAGUUCUUGUGGAAUCUCCAGCUGCUGUCUGAGGUGACCCGGGUGGAUGGGGACAAGGUCCUACCGUAUCGCUCUGACCUGGUCCAGAUUUUGCAGCUGACGCUGCACCUCAAGUGCAAGCAGGGCUACACUCUAGCUUGCAACCUGCUCCACCACAUCCUUCGCUCCUCGGCCCUCAUCUACCCCACAGAGUACUGCAGUGUGCCAGGAGGGUUCCACCAACCAAUCAGUGACUACUUACCCAUCAAGGAUUGGGGGCGUCCUGGCGACUUGUGGAAUUUGGAUAUCCGAUGGCAUGUGCCCAGUCUGGAAGAGACGUCUUUUGCUUUUUAUCUACUGGACCUGAUACUCCAGCCUGAACUUCAGCGUCUUCAGAGAUUUGCGCAGGGGACGCAGGACAUGAGCAGAGAUGAUGUCCUACAGAGCCUGACCAUUAUUCAACACUGCCUCCUUGGAGCUGGCAGUCUGAUGCCGCCACUGAAGGGAGAGCCCAUCCCUGAACUGGUCCACAGUAUGGUGAAUCUAGAUGAGACCAAUCUCUACACCGGAGCAGAGUAUGAUAAGUCCAGAGAGAACUACAGAGACGCUGUCUGUAAGGUGAUGAGACAGCUGCUGCAUCACAUCCUGGAGCAUUCUGAAGAUGACACCAAGUCUCUUUUCUCCAUCAUCAAGAUUAUCAGCGACCUGAUGCACUUCAAAGGUUCUCACAAACCAGAGUUUGACUCCCGCUGGAAGAGCUUCAACCUUGUGAAGAAAUCGAUGGAAAACAGACUUCAUGGCAGGAAGCAGCACAUCCGAGCCCUGCUAAUCGACAGAGUCAUGCUCCAGCACGAGCUGCGAAAGCUGACAGUGGAAGGAUGCCAGUACAGAAGCAUCCACCAGGAGCUCAUGAAAGAUCUUCUCAGGCUUUCCACAAGCACUUACAGUCAAGUGCGCAGCAAAGCUCAAAGUGUGUUGUACACUGCACUGGGAACCUACAACUUCUGCUGCAGAGAUCUGAUCCCCCAUGUACUGGAGUUUCUCAACCCAGAAAAUGGCAGCGUCACACAGCAGCAGUUCAAAGGUGCCUUGUACUGUCUCCUGGGUAAUCACAGUGGCGUGUGCCUGGCCAAUCUGCACGACUGGGACUGCAUUGCCGUCACGUGGCCCGCCAUCGUGCGUUCCGGCCUCAGCUCCGCCAUGUCUCUGGAGAAGCCCUCCAUUGUGCGGCUCUUUGAUGACCUUGCGGACAAAAUUCAUCGCCAAUACGAGACCAUCGGUGUCGACUUCUCUAUCCCCGGUGAGUGCUGUGCUGUGGCCAAUCAACUCAUGAUUACUGGAAAUCCCGUUCCAAAGGAGCCUGUACCUUCAGAGGAAGAAGCCGCGGACGGUUUGAAGAGGCAGGAGAGCAAGAACUUUGAGUCCGUUGAGAAAUAUAAACAGCUCAUUGGUGAUCUGCUGGACUUCCUCAAUAACAGAAACAUGCCUUGGAAGUUCGAACACAUUGCAAUUGGCUUCCUGUCAUUGCUGCUGAGAGACGACCACCAACUCCCCCCACCUGCUGUGACGUUCUUCGUCAAAAGCCUCAACCACGACUCUCUCUAUGUCCGGAAGGUGGCGAUAUCCGCUGUGGCAGGGAUAAUGAAACAGAUCAAGAAGCCGCAUAAGAAAGUCCCCGUCAGCUCCUCUGAGCUUUGUGGAGGGAAGGAGCUGAGUGGUCUUGUUGCAGGGGACCGCCUGGACAACCAGUGGCUCCAGUAUAAUGGCAAAACCCUGCCACGCACGCAGCAGGAAUGGGACAGCUGUGUGUUUGUAGAAAAGACCCACUGGGGAUACUACUGUUGGCCAAGAAAACUGAUGAUGUAUGCACCGAUGAUGGAGCAACCCAAACAGAACCUGACCAGAGAGGAAAUGACGGAGCGGGAACAGAUCAUCUUUGACCACUUCUCAGACCCCGUAUUCAUCAACCAGUUCAUCGAGUUCCUCUCUCUUGAGGACCGUAAGGGCAAAGACAAGUUUAGCCCUCGCCGCUUCUGUUUGUUCAAGGGAUUGUUCCGCAAUUUCGGCGAUGCCUUUCUUCCCGUGCUGCGGCCACACAUGGAGCGCCUGGUGGCUGACACCCAUGAGAGCAAGCAGCGCUGUGUCGCAGAGAUCAUCUCUGGACUGAUCAGAGGCUGCAAGCACUGGAGCUACUCGAAGGUUGAGAGCCUCUGGGAGUUGCUGUGUCCGCUGCUCCGUACUGCCCUGUCCAACAUCACGAUAGAAACGUAUGCAGACUGGGGCACCUGCAUUGCAACAGCCUGCGAGAGUAGAGAUCCACGCAAGCUCUACUGGCUCUUUGAGUUGCUAAUGGAGUCUCCGGUCAACGGCGAGGGGGGCUCCUUUGUCGAUGCCUGUCGUCUGUAUGUGCUGCAGGGAGGUCUAGCUCAGCAGGAGUGGCGUGUUCCAGAGCUCCUUCACAGGUUGCUGCAAUACCUGGAGCCCAAACUGACACAGGUCUACAAGAAUGUACGGGAACGCAUUGGCAGUGUGCUCACAUACAUCUUCAUGAUCGAUGUCAACCUGCCGUACACCCAGCCAACUACAUCGCCCCGCAUCUCGGAGUUCACAGAGCGGAUCCUGUUGCAGCUGAAGCCUCUUACGGAGGUCGAUGAGGAGAUCCAGAACCACGUGCUUGAGGAGAAUGAGGUGGGCGAGCAAGAUGAGAGAACACAAGCCAUCAAGCUUCUCAAAACAGUGCUGAAGUGGCUUAUUGCAAGUGCUGGUCGCUCCUUCUCCACCGCUGUCCCAGAACAUCUACGGUUGCUUCCACUACUUUUCAAGAUUGCUCCGGUUGAGAAUGAUGACAGUUACGAUGAACUGAAGAGGGAUGCAAAGACCUGUCUGUCUCUGAUGUCUCAGGGACUCCUUUACACAGAGCAGAUCCCCUUGGUACUCAUUGCUCUGCAGGAGAUUGCUGGCAGCAGCUCAUGGCAUGCUCGCUACACGGUGCUCACUUACCUCCAGAUUAUGGUUUUUUACAACCUGUUCACCUUCAUGAGUGCCCAGAAAGCUGUGAAUGACGUCCGUGCUCUGGUGAUACGACUGCUUGAGGAUGAACAGCUGGAGGUAAGAGAAAUGGCGGCCACUACGCUCAGUGGCUUUCUUCAGUGCAAUUUCCUGUCCAUGGACGUCCCCAUGCAGACCCACUUUGAGGCUCUCUGCAAGACUCGCUUGCCUAAGAAGAGGAAGAGGGAGCUUGGCGCUACAGUGGACACGAUACCGUCUGCUGACCUGGUGCGGCGUCAUGCGGGUGUUCUCGGCCUCAGUGCUUGUAUUCUCUCCAGCCCUUAUGACGUUCCCAUCUGGAUGCCCCAGCUGUUGAUGGACCUGAGUGCUCACCUGAAUGACACACAACCCAUUGAAAUGACUGUGAAGAAAACUCUGUCAAACUUCCGAAGGACUCACCAUGACAACUGGCAGCAACAUAAGCAACAUUUUACAGACGACCAGCUGCUGGUCCUGACUGACCUGUUGGUCUCCCCCUGUUACUACGCCUAAAGCCAGAUCAGUUUGGGACGGCCCCGGACUGUACAGAUACCAGCCUGCAUUUGGGAGGAGGCUGCUGUUCUCGAAGAAAGACACAGCACCACCCUGGAAGAGGAACACACCAAGCCACCGAGUUGUGGCUCAAAGAAGGAAUGCAAGAGUUGUGUAUUUAUGUAUUUAGCUCAUUUACAUCUCUACUAUACUUAAUAUUUAAGGAUCAAUCAUAGCAGGGAUGAAUGACCUGCAGUUUGUAACAUAACUGUACAGAUUUUAUUUUUGUCUUUGAUUUUUUUUGGUGUGCAUGUGCAUGGGGGUAUGUGGGUGCGUUUAUGGGGUGCUUGAAGACAUCUGCCAGAUUCCCAGACAUUUCUCAGGUUUCUGUCCGUUCCAUCUGAAGUUUGAGCCAACACGAUGUCCAGUGUGGCGACACUCUGUUAUCUCCCAGUAGUGACGUCUAUGUCACAAUCACAGAGAACUGACUAUUUAAUAAUGAUCUCUUCAGAUUACACUACCAACAACAACAUGACUGUUUUGGCUGUUUGAACUAUAUCUGAUUAUAUGCAUCAUGCAUGUGUAUAUAUCAUGGUAUAGCAAAUAUGCACAAACAUAUUUAUUUAUUUAUUUGACCUUUUUUGAAGUGCUGACUUUUAAUUUUUUUUUUUUUUGUAGAAGGAAUAAAGUAGAUAUCUGCGCUUUUAGCAAUGGAGCCUUUUGUCAUAUAAACUUGCAAACAAAGGGAGAGGGCAAGCUCCCCGCUGCUGUGUGAUGCGUUUGCUGUGAAGACCUGCAAACCGUAUGAUUACCAUUUCAUGUGUGUCGAAAAUUACGCCAUCAACGUGACCUCUUGCCUCUUAUCCCUGGUAUCAUUUACCUUUUUUCUAAAACCCACUGAGUUUUUGUUUCCCCCUGAUGACUUGAAAUCAGUCCAAGCAUUGACACAUUUAGUACUUUAUGUAAGGUGUAGUGCAGUGCCAAAACUGCAGCAUAUUCUUUUCUUUUUUUUUGACGUGCGGUUUGCUUAUUGAAUGAGAAGUCAAUAAAUUGUUUGUAAAAAAAGAAAUAAAAUACGUUUUUCUUUUAA